AUGCCUCCCAUCCGCAAUCCCAUCCUCCCGGGCUUCAAUGCCGACCCGUCCAUCCUCCGCGUCGGGGACGACUACUACAUUGCGACGUCGACGUUCGAGUGGUUCCCUGGCGUGCAGAUCCACCACUCGACCGACCUUGCGAAUUGGGACCUCCUCGACAUGCGCGGUAACCCGGACUCGUGUGGGAUUUGGGCUCCGUGUCUGACCCAUGAUGGUGAAAAGUUCUGGCUCGUAUACACAGACGUCAAGCGCAAGGACGGCAGCUUCAAGGACACGCACAACUACAUUGUCCACAGCGACAGCAUCGCCGGCCCCUGGAGCGACCCCGUGCACGCCAACAGCAGCGGCUUCGACCCGAGCCUGUUCCACGACCCAAACACGGGCAAGAAGUGGUUCGUCAACAUGCUCUGGGACCACCGCCGCCGCGGCGGCUUGCUGGGCAACUCGGCCUUCGCGGGCAUCGGGCUGCAGGAGUUCGACCCGAAGCUGGGGAAGCUCGUCGGGCCCAGGAAGAAUGUCUAUCCCGGCACGGAACUUGCGCUCGUGGAGGGCCCGCACCUUUACUGGCGGGAUGGGUGGUAUUACCUCCUCACCGCGGAGGGUGGCACCGGGUAUGAGCAUGCUGUGACGCUUGCGCGCUCGAGAGACGUCUGGGGCCCGUAUGAGGACCACCCAGAUAAGCACAUCCUGAGCAGCAAGGAUCACCCGCAUGUGGCGCUACAGAGGGCUGGGCACGGGGAUAUUGUUGAGACGCCUGAUGGAAAGACAUACAUUGUGCAUUUGUGCGGCAGGCCGACGACGCAAAAGAGGAGGUGUGUGCUUGGCAGGGAGACGUCGAUCCAGGAGUGCCAUUGGGGCCAGGACGGAUGGCUGUACGUGAAAGAUGGGCCGGUGCCGAGUUUAUGGGUUGAUGUGCCCGGCACGAGGGACGAGGAGAAGUACUGGGCUGAGAGCAGGUACACGUUCGACGGCGAGCUGCACAAGGACUUCCAGUGGCUGAGGACGCCCGAGCCGGAGAGGAUCUUCAAAGUCGGCGACGGGAAGCUCACCCUCUACGGAAGGGAGGCCAUCGGCAGCUGGUUCGAGCAGUCCCUCGUGGCCAGGCGCCAGGCGCACUUCAGCUACGACGCCGAGACGGUGGUCGACUUCCACCCCGAGGACGAGCGGCAAUUUGCCGGGCUGGCGGCGUACUACUGCCGGUACAACUUCUUCUACCUCACCGUGACGGCCGACGCCGAUGGUGAGAGGGAGCUGCUCCUCAUGAUCUCGGAUGUGUCGUGGCCCGAUGGGAACCUGGACAAGCAGCCCCUGCUCCAGCCGGUCAAGAUCCCCAAGGAGGGCAAGGUCAAGCUGGCACUGACGACCCGGGGGGCGAAGCUGCAGUUUUCCUAUGGGCUUGAGGGUCAGGAGCUGAAAGAGAUCGGGCCGGUGCUGGAUGCUUCGAUUCUGUCUGAUGAGUGUGGUGGUCACCAGGUGCAUGGCUCUUUCACCGGGGCGUUUGUCGGCGUGGCUUGCUCGGACCUAGAUGGGACGGCGAGGGAGGCGACGUUUGAUGAUUUUGUUUAUCGACCUGUGAAGCAUGAGUCUGACCGGUAUGAGAUAUAA